AUGCUCCACGAAAUUCUCCUCUCCCUCUCAGGACACCCUUCACCUCUCCUCCAACAAGCCGCAGCCACCUCAACAACUUCCAAUGACUCCCCGCUGAAGUCGGCCCUCACCCCACCCGAACGCGCCCUCCUCUCCAAGCUUGCCAACCUUUCAGAGCUCCACAUCAACCUGCUCUCUCAUACAGCUCGCAUCAGCACAUCCCAUCCCUCCAUCAUCUGCCGUGCUAUUGCCACGGCCAUUCGAAAUGACCAUCUUGCUGCCUUUCAGCGCAAGGUGCUGCAAGUGGAAGAGACAAUACUGAAAAAAGAUGCCGCACUUGUGGGUGCCUACAACAUUGUGCCGCUGACGGCCGUGGUCGGCGAGUUCGAUGAGUGGAACCGACGCAUGGAAUGGCUAGGGAGCUUUGUGAACCAGUUGAUGAAGGGAAUAAAGGAGAAUGUGGAGAGUGUCGACCAGAUGGAGUGGGAAGGGAGUCAACCCCAUGACUUGACCCAUCGGCCCGCUCAAAAGGGGCACAGUAGCUCGGCGACUAGGAAACGUGAGCCGCCAGUGCAUUCAGGCCCUAUGGUGAUCAACCGGCUGAGGGAGUUGAUGCAGACCGGGUACAAGGAUAUCGAAGAAGUCGUCAAGAACCUGGUCAAGGUGGCCGAGACAGCGUGGCUAAAGCAAGUCUCUGCGUGGGUGUUGUAUGGACGGUUGCCAGACUUUGGGGCUGAUGACUUCUUUGUGUGGAGAGAGGAGGAUGAUGAUGGCGAAGAACAGUUUCUGUGCGUGCAAGAGCUUCUUCCCAAAUUCGUCACGCGAUCUACGGCAGCCUCUAUGCUCUUCAUCGGGAGAUCUCUGCGCCAGAUCCGCGCCAAAAGUGUGGAAGACUCGAGCCUCAAGGGGACCGAUCACCUCUCAACGCAACUGACCAAGCUUUCUACCCUGUCGCAUCCGAUUGACCCGGCAACCUUUUCGAAUACCAUUACCGAGAUCAGACAGUAUCUCUCAAGAACGACUCUGGCACAGCUGCUCCCGCUCAGUGAUGUGGAAAAAUACCUCCAGCUGCUUCGGGACUUUUUUCUUCUCCGGCGGGGAGAAUUCGCCUUGGCACUCACCCAGCAAGCUGAUGAGAAGAUGCGAAGCCGGUGGCGACGAGCCGAAAACUUGUCUGCUUACGAGAAGUCCCGCGAUACUGGCGGUGCUGCAGCGGGUGGCAAUCCCGGCACCGUUGUUGUCAAAGAGGGCGAAGUAGCUGGCGUGCUCACCCGCGUAUGGCAAGCAAUGGGCGCUCUUCAGGGCGAAUUUCAGUCCGAAGAGGAUGAAGGGCUAGAACUUGCCAGGGAUCAUGUCCGGUUGACGAUCCCCAAGUACACCACGGAUAACUCCUCCAGAGGUUUACCGACAAUGACACCCACAGCCGCCGCCGUGGCCGAAGAAAUUGGGUCGUUGAAAAUCGCAAAGACGCCGUUCCGCAACCUUUUAUUCUCGGCCCCCACCAUCUUGACGAUGAACAUACCCUCCCCACUGGACUUAUUCCUCAGUCCUCAUGAUGUCCAGACAUACACGGCUAUCAACAGCUAUCUCCUUUCACUGCGCAGGGCUCACUUACGGUUGACAGAUCUGUGGAAGAUUACUAGUCUGAGACGGCAUCAUCCUGCGCCUCCGCGCAUAGGUAGAAGCAGAAUGCGUGUCAAGGCGCUUAGAGAACGGGUUGAGAAGCGUGAAAAGACACUGCGUACCGCGUGGGCUACCGCCAGCGCGGCCAUCUUCUUCCUAGGCGAGACCGAAGCAUACUUCCAGGGCGAAGUGGUGGAAGGCCUGACCGAGGGCUUCGAGGACUGGCUCCACGGCGGUAACGGCAACCGGACUUCUGAGGAGAAGAAGAAGAAGGACGGAGCUGACUGGAUGGGAAGCAGACCUUCUACUGGACGAAGAAGCCGAGCCUCUACUGGCGCGAGUUUGACCAGAGGGAGAGGGAGAGACUCGAGACUAUCCAAACGCAGCUUCGGCUCAAAGAGGACAUGGGAUGAUGAUGUCUCCAUGGGUGGCUAUGACGACGACGACGAAGUUGAUGGCGACGACAUUGACAUGGUUGAAGAUGAGUCUCACGCCGAGGGGAAUUUGGAAGAGUCCGAUGUUUGGCUCAACACCGCUGCCAACCCUCCUCCUGCACCUACCAAUUCUACUGAUCCUAAUCGCCAACCCCGUGACCCCCAGACCCUCGCUACCGCCCACCGAGUUUACCUUCGCGCCUUACUCAGACGCCUUCUUCUUACCCUCGAAUCCUUUACCCAACCUCUAUACGAACUACUCGUCAAUAUUGACCACCUGGUCGCGCUAAUGCAUCGCUUGCAACAAGUCUGGGCAGCCGCCGAUCUUGAGGAAGACGUGGGUGUUGUCGAUGCCUUUGUUGAUCUGAAAAAGGAGGAACGUGAUCUGACUGCACAACUCCAAACCAUUGCCAGCAACGUUAAGAACGGCAUCAAGGAAGUUGUACAGGAGCUGAAGAGAAUCGAAACCUCGCCCUUCUCAACAUCAGAUGCCUCUGACCGUGCGAGUGGGCUUGAUGAGGGAGAGGAAGAGGAGGAUGACGGAGCCGAUGAUUAUCUCCUCGCCGACGACGUUCCUGAUACAGCUCAAGCUGGACGGAAGAGGAAGAGGGGUUGGAGGGCAGAACAAGAAGCGGGCAAGGAAAAGAUCAAAGAAGCUGGUGAAUAUGUGCCUAGACGAGUGGGCGGUGUGGACAGACUGUUGGUCAAGCUCGUCUUUGGCGGAUGGUUCUCGGGCGGAGGGGACCAAGUUGGCGGCAGCCUAGACGGGCUGAUGGAAGGUGACGAAGACAGUGGACACAAAAGGCAUCAUCGGAUGGUGAUUAUGGAUGGGCAUUCCACUCCUGUUUGCGAACUCAGGGGCGGUCUAUCAGCAGUCAUCUCUCCAAACACUUCUCUGUGGGAGGACAACCAGCCUGAGGAUGAGUUGGAAGCUCAGUUGGCAGGGCCACAAACCCCGGAGGACAACGAGCCAGGCGAUGAACAGGCACUUUUGUUGAGAGCGGCACAAGGUUCGAAAGACAACGACCAGCCACUACCUGAGGAAGCCAAGAAACGUUCAAUCACACGCAAAAUCAAGAAAUUGAUCCGCAAGCCGUUUGACAAGUUGCGCAUCAGAGAAGAAGUGGUCCUGCCCGGUCCUCCCCACCCUCAAGCUCCCCCGCCUCUUCCUAGGCGUGAAGGAAAGCGACAAAUGGUGGGACGGGCUGUCAAGAAAUUGUUUUCAGACCGCUCAGACCGGUACCUCCAGAUCAUAGACGAGGAGGUUGAUGGAACUCAGUCUGGUGCAUCUCAGGCUGGCUCAUCUCAGGCGGGCUUAACUCAGAGUGGUUUAUCUGAGGCUGGUCCAUCUCAGGCUGCUUCAUCUCAAUCCAUGUCGAGUGGAGUUGAGCGCGCUGCCUCUAGACCACAUGGCGCCUCUCAACAAGGCGCUCAGCAGACAGAAGCACAAGUUCAUGGUUCGUCACGCGGGCCAUCAAGGAUCAAUUUCACAAGGCGAGCCCCGCUAGACACAGCACGGCAAACCCAUGCGCAGCCCGUGAGAUUGACGCAGGAAAUGGUGACUGCUCAGUCAUCAGGAACUCCAGCUCAGACGCCAUUGUCGUCAAAGGAAGCCAAGAACAGAGCGGCAGCUCUAAGGCGAGACCGUAUUGAACAGAAUAAUGAGGAGUUUUUUCGGCAACAGGCAAUCAGGGACCGGGAACGCAUUGACAAUGUUCGGAGGUUUAUUCGGUCAGGGGUCAAUAGAGUCUGGGAACGCCGUAACAGCGGGGGUGAUGGAAAUGAUGAAGGUGGACAGGGUCGUGAAGAUGGUGAAGAUGGUGGGGGUGGUGAAGGUGGUGAAGGUGGUGAAGGUGGCGAGCAACGCCCAAACCUGUUCACCAGGCUAUCUCACAGAAUAAGGGAUCAAGACCCUACACCUGAGACGCGGGUGCCACCAAUUGGCGAUCAGGCUGACGAGGGAGAGGUUGGUCAGCGACUCGGCAACGCGGCGCGCGUUGUGUUUGCAGCGGCUCGGGCUGCAUUAGGCUGGGAUUUAGACUUAUAGUCCAUGAUGCCUGUGCAGAGGAACAGCGAAGCUUCAAGUGAGCGAGCGGCGUGGGAGGGUUUAUGUAUUUGCCAGUGGUGUAGAGGUAGUGAAGCGAAGAUUAGCAGUCGCAAAAGAUGAUAAUCCAACUGGUUCAUGCGU